GCAAGACGGCGCUGAUGCUCGCUGCCCGUUUUGGCCAGCGAGACUGCCUGGAAGCGCUCCUGCAAGCGGGAGCGGACAAGGAGGCCCAUGAAAGGUGGGGCCUGACGGCGCUGAUGCUCGCUCAGCGAGACUGCCUGGAAGCGCUCCUGCAAGCGGGAGCGGACAAGGAGGCCCGUGACGAACAUGGCCGGACGGCGCUGAUGCUCGCUGCCCAAGAAGGCGAGCGAGACUCCCUGGCAGCGCUCCUGCAAGCGGGAGCGGACAAGGAAGCGAAGGACAACCGCGGCCUGACGGCGCUGGAUGUGGCCCUGAACGAGGAGUGCAAGCAGAUCCUGAGCACUUGA